UGUUCCAUUUAAACAGCCAUUCUGAUGGUAAUCUGACCAAACUCUCAGCAUAGCAAGUAGGUGGUGACAAAUCGGACGCAAAGCCGAGGAGAAAAUCAGCAUGACAUUGUUGUGUAUGAUAUUAGCCAAGUGACAGAUCUCUCCUUCCAUUCAACAGUCAUAGCUACAGGUGGUGUCAGAGAUCUGUGACUCAAUGGCUGAGAGAACACCUUGCUGCCUCUGCUGUGAUCGCCAGAGUCAAUGUCCUUCACAUGUCACAUGGAGGGGGCUGGCUGCUCCUAGCAACGACAUAUAGACCUAUUGAUCCGUCCAUUCCAUCACAGGCUUGAAACGCAACACGAGUCGUGCCGAUCGCCAACCGCUGCCGAGGAUUGCCGUUGUUGGAAUUAAUGUCCCGGAGUAGUUGACAGAAUCGAGAGAGUGGGCUGACAGAAGGGCGGACAGUGCUGAGGAUAGGGGGCAGCACUUUAAAUGGGAGACAUCUAUUAAACGUAUGCUUGCUUGAGAAUGAAGAUAUCCCAGCAAAGUGUCCCCAGUCAUGAGGGCUUCCUGGGGUAGAUUGCACACCGGUUGGAAGGAACUCACCCAGCCCUGGUGAUAGCAGAGUACUUCUCCAUACCCAAAACAAAGGGGGUGAUAACAGGUGACGGUCAUCAGGAUGGAUGAGAACACGCUUGCCUACCACACCAAGCUUCACCAGUGGUAUGAGCUCCACAGACUCAACCGCAGUGGAGACAUGGCUAGUCUCAAGCUCCCAGAGGAUGGGGCUCAUCUCACUCCUCAGAAGGCUGUUGAGAUUGACUUGUGGAGGAAGGAGGUCAAUAAGAUCUUCAUCAAACCAAAGAAGAUUGAGAAGAAGUCCGAAUUCUGGAGAUGUCAUAUGAGCGCACCAACCUCGGCUACAAAAUAUUACAGCAACAAUGCCGACCCGAGACGGGUCAAAUCAGCCCGAUUCUUCUCCAACCGAGGCAAACCGGGAGUGGUUGACAUCAACGCUCUUCCGUCUCACUUGGCUGAAAUGUCCAUCCAUUACAACCGUGAACGGAGGGGUGUUUACACUUCACGGUUCUCGGCCGAAGAUCUGCUGGUGAAGGGUAAGAAGCAGGAACUUCAUCUGCCGCAGUUCCUCCGGGCAAUCCGAGGUCAAGGGUCAGAUGAAGGAGCGAGUCACAGAGAAGGAGGCACCGAUGUUUCUAUUCCCCAACUUGUGCGUGACUGUGACGUCACUAUCCAUGAGUCAGGUAUUGGCAGAGAAACAAUAGACCAGGCUCCAGUGAACCGAAAAGCUCUUGUGUGUGAUCGCUCUCAAUCAAACAACCUCCUGAAUGUUAUGUCUAUCGAUGACUGUAAAAUGGGCCUCCGAUACCGGCCACAACGUGUCAUAAACACCCACGAGUUGGAAAGAUGUGAUGAUUCAACUAACGGUGACAGUAACAUAGAUGAAAAUGGGAAUGCUUAUCCCUUAAGAAUCAGCCAAGGUACAGGAUCUGGAAUGACUCCAGUCUCUCAAACACGAAUCAACUCAUUACUUUCAGCUCAGAAAAUAAAACACAAGCAUUUGGUGAUAAAUGGCAACAAUCUGGCUCCAGAACGACCUCAGUCGGCCAUCUUGGCUCGAGCAUUUGACACUAUCCUUCAAGAAAACUCCAUGCUGUCUGCCCCACUGCACCCAAAAGAGGUCCGUUUCUUUGCUGGCAGCAAAGACAUGGGGUACUCUCCCAGUGGUAAGCACAUUUAUCAGAGACUCAACUCCACACUUAAGAACAAAAUGAACAAUGUGGUAAAGGCAAGGUGUGAAGGCUUGAAGUCAAAGGACUCAAUCAGCGCUCGUGUGCAAUACAAUGGCACGGACAGUCAUAAGUUCAGUAAAAGGUCAACAGCUACAGAAUCCCUCGUCUCUGAUGAUGCCAAACAGCUAUAAAUAACCUGUUUGAAAUUUGUUGCAUUCUCUGAGGUCACGAGGACGACAGAAUCCCUCGACACCGUUGAUGCCAAACAGCUAUAACUAAACCUGUUUGAAAUUUGUUGCAUUCUCCGAGGUCGCGAGGACGACAGAAUCCCUUGACUCCCUGAUGAUGCCGAAUAGUUAUUACAGUGUUGUUUGACUGAAAUGUGUUACUCUCGGAGGGUCGUUUUCUGUUUUCUGAGGAUAGAGAUCAGUGUUGUCCAUAUUCUUUUCUACUGUGAGAGGGAACCUGGAUUAUAUCAUAUUGGGUAGACUUAUUUGUGGUAAGUUUCUUAUGUACAGUAUCAGAAAAUUGGAGGUACUUUACAAGCAAAUGGUGUUGUUGAGUUCAAUGAUGAUUAAAUGUUGAUGAAAUUUG